AUGUAAAGCUAACCUGACCCAUUUCAAUUUGUUAACAAAGUGGCUACGUAGGAGUUAAAAAAGAACCCUAAGUACACUAGAUUCUAAGAUUGGUGUAUUGAACAAGGAAUUAAUAUGGAAAGGAUUGAUUAUCCUUGUGCUUAUGGACCUUCAGGAUUCUUAGUUGGGGUUGGUACUAGUCAAUAGAUAAAGAAAGGGGAAUGGACCUUGAGAAUUCCAUGUAGGUCAAGAAUAGACUAUGAAACUAUUAGAAAUAGUUAAGGAGUUGGCUAGAUAAUCAAGUCAUUAGAUGUUAAUUAAGACUUUACUCUAGUCCUUUAUUAUAUGCAUUAACUCCUCCUAGGAACUGAAUCACAUUUAUACAAUCCUCUUUCAGUUUCAGCCCCUGCAGACCUACCAUUCUAAUGGACUGAUGAACAAAUAGAUUUUAUUCAGGAUAUUCCAGCAAUUACUCAAAUCAGACAGAUGAGGGCUUAAACUCUUAAAGAGGCUGAUGAAAUUUUUAUCAAGGUUUUAGAGAAUGGUUGUUUGGAAUAUUUUUGCUCUGGAGAAAAAAUUAAGGAAAACUUCGUCAAAUAAUAUAUUGAAGCCUGGGUGAUUUAUUAGACCAGACUAAUUUCAUUUGGAUUCAAUCUAAAGUAUUAAUCAAUGAUACCAAUGAUUGAGUAAGUAAAUCACACUCCAGGUAGAUCUUCUGUUUGGCAGGUAGUUGAUUCUGAAGGUUAGGUACUGACUGAAAAUAGCAUUGGAAACCUCAAUUGCUAUUGCAUACCUGGAUUUGAAGCUAUUAAUGGUUAGGAUUUUUCUCCACCCUCAGAAGAGGUGCUUUAAGCUAUUAUAAGUGAAGUUCCUAUAGAUGUUGUACAGGACACCACAUCUUACUUUGUACCUCCAGAAGGAUCUUUCUUCUAAUUGGUCAGUUCUCAUGAUCUUGAAGUAGGAGAGUCAAUUCCAUGCAGCUAUGGAGACAUGACGAAUAGAUAUCAUUUUGUAAACUAUGGAUUCUUCUUAAGUAAUAAUGAAAGUGAUUGCUUUACAAUCAAACUCAAGAUUUCUGGGAUAGAAAAAUUAAUCCUCUUACAUAGUAAUAAUAAUAAUGACAAAUUCCUAGCCGCUUGCAAGAAGAUUCUUAAUGAAGCUGGGCUAAUAGCAUGCACUUAUUCAUUAGUAUGCUAGUUUGCUAUAGAUCUUAUAAAACAGCAAUAUUUGAUAGACUAAGGAAAAUCUAUUGAUGAUGUAGAAUAGCAAAUAGAAGAAUAUAAAUGCAAUAGAAAGAGAUUAGCAUAUGAAUUCAAGAAUGAACAAAGAAAAAUGUACUCACAACACAUUGCUGAUUUAUAAAAGGUUAUAGACACCUAAAAUAAGACUCUGACUAAAUGA